ACACAUUCGGCGUUUUCAGUCUCCAGCGUAGGGUCUAUUGCAUCGCAAAAAUUUCACCAGGAACAGUAAUAUAUAUUUUACAGAAACGAAAAAGUUAAAAUGUGGAUUAUUCCUUUGCUGCUCCUGUGCCUGGUAUUGCUGUACAAGUAUGUGCGACAUCACUACACAUCCUGGAAGAGAUUGGGCGUGGACGAGGAGCCGGCCCAGAUUCCUUUUGGCAUUAUGACCUCGGUAAUGAAGCAGGAGAAGAGCUUGGGCGUGGUCUUGAAAGAUAUAUACGACCGGCACAUGGAAAAGAUUGUGGGCAUCUACAUGAUGAACAAACGGAGCAUCCUAAUCCGGGAUGCUGUCUUGGCGCGUCAAAUCAUGACCACCGAUUUUUCCAGCUUUCACGAUCGCGGAGUUUAUGUGGACGAGGAGAAGGACCCGUUGUCCUGUAACCUAUUCAAUUUGAGGGGAGCUUCUUGGCGGAAUCUUCGCCAGAAGCUGACACCUUCAUUCUCUUCCGGAAAAAUCAAGGGAAUGUUUGGAACCAUAGACGAUGUGGGCGACAAGCUGGUGCAACAUUUAGAGGGUGCCCUUGAGCAAAACGAUGAGGUGGAGAUCAAGGAGGUGAUGACCACCUAUGCAGUGGACAUAAUUGGUUCAGUUAUUUUUGGUCUGGAGAUCGACAGUUUCAAGAAUCCACAAAAUGAAUUUCGGGAGAUUAGCAGUUCGACUUCUAAGGACAAAUCGCUUUUACUGAAGAUCCAUAACAUGUCCAUGUUCAUCUGUCCGCCAAUUGCAAAGCUAAUGAAUCGCCUGGGCUAUGAGAGCCGUAUCCUUACGCUAUUAAGGGACAUGAUGAAGCGGACGAUCGAGUUCCGGGAGAAGAACAAUGUGGUUCGCAAGGACCUGCUGCAGUUGCUUAUCCGUUUGCGAAAUACGGGAAAAAUUGGCGAGGAUGACGACGAGGUCUGGGAUGUGGAAUCCGCUCAAGAUCAGCUAAAAUCGAUGUCUAUCGAGAAGAUUGCCGCCCAGGCGUUUCUUUUCUAUGUUGCCGGCUCGGAAUCUACAGCAGCUGCAUCUGCCUUUACCCUCUACGAACUAUCCAUGUAUCCGGAAUUACUAAAAGAAGCCCGGGAAGAGGUGGAUGGAGUCCUUAAAAAGCACAACCUGAAACCAAAGGAUAAGUUCACCUAUGAAGCUAUUCAGGACAUGAAGUUUUUGGAGCUCUGCAUAAUGGAAACUAUUCGUAAAUAUCCGGGCUUACCCUUCUUAAAUCGCGAGUGUACUGAGGAUUAUUCGGUUCCUGGUACGAAUCAUGUUAUAACCAAGGGCACACCCAUAUUGAUCUCUCUGUUUGGUAUAAAUCGUGAUCCGAUUUACUUUCCCAAUCCCAACGAUUACGAUCCUCAUCGGUUUGAUACUGAUAUUAUGAACUACAAUCAAGCGGCCUAUAUGCCAUUUGGAGAAGGUCCUAGGCACUGCAUUGCCCUUCGCAUGGGCAAGAUCAACUCCAAAGUGGCAGUAGCCAAGGUUCUGGCCAACUUCAAUGUGAUACAGUCUCCCAGAAAGGAAGUCGAGUUUGCUUUCGAUGCUGCUCCGGUUCUGGUUACCAAAGAGGGCUUAAAACUUCGCUUAACCAAGAGAAAUUAAUGAAAAUAUAUUUUGAAUAACUAUAAUCAUAUAUUCACCCAUUUAUUGGCCAAUAAAC